AUGUCGACAGACAUCAAACCUACAGAACCAACCGCGGCACCAAUACCAGAGGCAGACGUUGAGAUGGAAGGCGGAAAGGAUGACUUUACGAAGAUUGCUGCUGCACGAAAACAAGCCGAGUUUUACUUCGGGGACUCCAACCUUCCAUUUGACAAGUGCAUGCGGACGCUUCAUACGGCCGACAAGGAACACUGGGUCCCCAUCAAAACGAACGCAUCGUUCAAGCGCAUGCGGGACUUCGUCUCGUACGGGCCGGAAUGGCUCGUCGACGCGCUGCGUGCCAGCGAAGAGCUUGAGCUUGACGAAUCCGGGGAGGGGGUGCGUCGGUUGACGGAGCUCCAACCACCAAAGGGGCAGUUUGAACGGUUGGGCCCGGUGCUGCGCCCAAAAGGCUUCGGUUCGGAGGACUCUGGCUUGCAGAAGAAGCUCGAGGAGUCCUUCAACCAGUAUGGCCAGACGAACGCGGUUCGCAUGCACCGCAUGGACGGAAACAAGGAGUUCAAGGGAUUCAAAUUCGCCGAGUACACCGACAUCAAAGGCGCUGAGGCGUUCCUGAACGCGGACCCGAAGCUGACGUGGGAGGGUGGCGAGCUGCUCACGAUGUCCAAGGAAGCAUACUGCGACAUGAAGAUCAAAGAAAAGGGUCUGACUGGCAAGGCGGCGCAGAUGUGCAAGGACAGUGUCUCGUCGCGCAAGGGCUUCAGCGCGUUCCGCGAGAUGGAGCAGGAGAAGAAUGGUGACAAGCCCGCAGGCGGGAAGGACAGGCCCAAGCCCGAGAUAUACUUCGAGUUCCUUGGCUCGAAGAUCCGGGUACACGAGGAGGAUGGGGCGGGUGUUGUGAAGGAGGAGGUGCCGUUCGUCAAGGGCGCGACGUUGAAAUUCACUGGAUUUGGCGGGGAUGAGAACUUUACGGAGGCCUCGUUGAAGGAGCGCUUCGCCAAAGUGCCGUUCAUCAAGUUCGAGAAGGGCGAUGACUCUGGGCUGGUCGUGCUAUUAUUGCGGUACCUGGAGACUGCGCGGCAGUCUCAACGAUUGGAGGAUGUUUGUGUUUCAGGUGACUCGGACCGACGUUCCGUUUGCGGAGGUGUAUAUGCUCGCGAGGUGCAGGCCAUCCAUGGGAAGAUGACAACCAAGCUGCUACCGAUUAUGGGGAUUUGUUAGCGGUGAAAAGUUGGUGCCAGGGAGCAGUCUGAAGACAUUUAUCCCACAACAGUCUCUCCGCCUUUGUGCAGUCUUUUGUCUCGGCGUGUCUUCUGUACUUCUGGCUUCAUUCAAGCGACCGACCCAGCAGGUACUCUU